UCAAGAAUAUGUUAUCUAUGUAAAAAAAACCAUCAUAGCCACUAAUAAUUAAAAAUUCUCAAUUCAAAGUGAUUAUUUAUAAAUUCUACAAUGCUUAGGCCAACAAAAUGGUUUGGCUGGUCUCGUUCCAGUUCUGAAUCAUCUUUAGUUCGUUCCAAUAGUAAUCCACAUUCAUUGGAACAAUUAAAAUUAUUGUAUCGAUUAUUGGAAAAAAAUCAAACAGUAAGCGAAUCGAAUCGUACAUUAUUGGUUGAAACAUUAAGACAAAUUGCUGAAAUUCUAAUCUGGGGUGAUCAAAAUGAUUCUAGUGUCUUUGAUUUUUUUCUCGAGAAAAACAUGCUCUACUUUUUCUUGAAUAUUAUGAAACAAAAAUGUGGUGGCUAUGUUUGCACACAAUUGUUACAAACAUUGAAUAUUUUAUUCGAAAACAUCAAGAAUGAAACAUCACUUUAUUAUUUAUUAUCAAACAAUCACGUUAAUUCAAUUAUCAUACAUAAAUUUGAUUUCAGUGAUGAAGAAGUUAUGGCCUAUUACAUAUCAUUUUUGAAGACAUUAUCUUUAAAAUUGAAUACACAUACAAUACAUUUUUUCUUCAAUGAACAUACAGCCGAUUUUCCACUUUAUACUGAAGCGAUUAAAUUUUUUAAUCAUUCAGAAAAAAUGGUACGAAUAGCUGUUCGAACGUUGACAUUGAAUGUGUUUCGUGUACAGGAAAAAGCAAUGCUUCGUUUCAUACGGGAUUGUACGGCAGCUCCAUAUUUUUCUAAUUUAUCCUGGUUCAUUGGUAAUCAUAUUCUUGAUUUAAAUAGUUCUUUGGCUACAUAUAUUGAAUCAAGAAAUCAAUCAUCAUUGAACAUUCAAGGUUCAUUGCCACAUAGUAAUAGUUCUAAUCUAAUAAAUCGACUUGAAGAUUUGGUUGCCGAACAUCUUGAUCAUCUUCAUUAUUUAAACGAUAUUUUACUGUUGGAUAUUGAUGAUCUUAAUAAUGUACUUUCAGAUAAUCUUUUAUAUCGCCUUAUAAUUCCAUUGUAUAUGCAUUCAUUUCUACGUAUCGAUUCUAAAUUCAAAUCGAAAACAAGUUCCAAAGAAACUAAUGUUAUUCUAUCGCCAUCCAUUGCAAUAUUUUUGUUAACACAGGUGUUCUUAAUUAUUUCUUAUGGUGCUUUACUCAAAACAUUAUUAUUGGCAUUAAUUUCAAACAAACAGGACAUUGAAACUAUUGCACAACAAUGUGAAUUUACUCAACCUAUCACCUCGUUAGAAGCGGCUAUUGAACAAGCCAUACAAACAACAUCGAACCAAAAUUCAUCAGAUUCUAGUGAAAUGCAAGAUUCAAGUCCAUCACAUUCAAUAAAUAAUAAUGAUAGUAACAGUAAUAAUAAUGAACAGUCGACAGUAGAAACUGUUAAUAAUUGUGAACCGAAUAAUUCGACAAGUGAUAAAAACAAGUUAAAAAUUGAAUCAAAUACAUUAAUAAAUUGGCAGGAUUGUUCAUUUUUGAUUGCAUUGUUAGCGUCAUUAAAUGCCAGAAUUGUUCCUAACGUUGAAUUAUCCAUGGAUAUUAAAAAUCAAGAUGCUAUAAAUAACAGUAACAGCAAAAAUUCAGAAAGUAAUAACCUCAGAAAAUCUUGUCAUUCAUCACAAAUUCUUCGAUUUAUACCCGAUUGGACCAGUUCGGACGAUAGAAUUGUUUUAUUUGCACUUUCAUUAAUUUCGUCAAUUGUUUCAAAUAAAGCCAUUGAUAGUGACAACUAUCAAAGUAUUUUUGUACCACCAUUGGAUUUUACGUCAUCGACAAAUUCGUUUUAUCAAACAUUGAUUAAUAGCCUAUUAUUAAUCAUGCGUCAAUGUAGUUCAUCAACAUCAUCAAUACGCUUGGUAACUUUUGAGCUUGCUGUUCAUUUAUUUCGAAAACUUGUCUGUUGUCCACUAUCUUCGAAUGAUCCGAAGCCACCUGAGGAAUCGACAUCAACUUCUGGUCCUCAUGGUCAUGUGAUAUUGACUGAUUAUCAAAUAGCAUUGUUGGAACAGGCUCGCGAAGAUGCAUGCCAUAUAUUAAGACGCUAUUAUUGCUCAAUAGAGGAAUCUAUAUUUUUGAAUCUUUUUGAGAAAGAAGCUAGAAUGUUUCAUUGUCACUCUUGUUCAACACGUACCUCGAUAUCGUCGUCCACUUCAGCCUCCCCAUCCAAACAUGUUACAUCACCUAGAUCCGAUCAAAUUUGGUCAUUUGAAUCGAAUCUUACAUUGGAACAAUUGUUCAUGAAUGCCACAAUAUUGUUGCCGCCAAAUGAAAUAAGCAAAGAUGAUUCGAAUUUUCAUCUACGUCUACCAGGAAUUGAUUAUGAAAAAGCUCGUUAUAUAAUUCAAGUAUUUUUUGUUCUACGUCUCCUUUCAUUUGAUGUUCGCAAAUCAAUGGACGAUACAAGCGACGACGAGAAAGCUCAAGAUUUUGCUAUUCUUUUGGAUGAUCCUAUUAAUUCGCCAUCAAUUUAUUUAGAUCAAUUUAUUGAUCUUGAAAAUUGUGACCUCAAUUUGUGUUCGGUUAUUUCCUUUCAUCUGGUUAAUAAUCAACAUCGACAAUUUUCAGGCGAUAUUCGUGAUCGUUAUUCACAAUCAGCUCCGAUUUCAAGAUCUGAAAGUCCAUCCUUGAUGCAAAAUCAUAAUACAAGUGGUCGUCGAAUUCAACGAUUCAUGACCAUCAUGAAUGAGCUUAUUAUUCUUAUUGAACCGGAUGAUAAGCGAUAUGGUUGGGGUAUUAUUCGUUUUAUGGCUAGAUUACAGGAUAUUGAAAAGAUUGUUAUGCAUUCAAAAGAGCUUGGUAAUCUACAAACAAUACCACCAUUGCCCGAAAAAGAUGAUAACAAAUCAUUAUAUAUUUAUUUUGAUUCAUAUCGAUUAUCAUCUUCAAUUGCAUUAGAUGCCAAAAUAACAAAUUCACGAAUCGGGUAUCGUAAUCGUCAACAAAGUAUUGUGGCUAGAUUUCAAUUUAACGAUAGUGUUCGUAGUUUGGUUGCACGUAAUAACCUAUGUAAAGCUCAUAAAAAAGUAUUAGAUCGCAAAAUAAUAGCUGUUGCAAAUCUCAUUGAUGUGCCUACAAGUGGCCAAACUGCACGUUCUGCUUGUGUAUCAAAAUCCGGUCAUGAUGGUAAUAAAAAAUCAACAAAUCAAAAUCAUCAUAAUCAUCCAGUUUUGACGCGAACAUAUGCAGUUCCUGGCGUUGCAGUUCCAUCAAAAUUUUCUAGUGGACAAUCCUUUGAGUCACAAUCAAAUGAUAAUACUAAUAAAUUGGAUAUGAUUAAUAAAAAACGUUAUGCCUAUCCACCGGCUGUUUCAAAUAACAAUAAAUCAAAUAAAUUGAAUACCAAUCAACAACAACCAUCGGCUAAAAUAUCGAUCGAAAAUGAACGACGUCGUAAAAAGAAAUUGAAAUAUCCAACAAAUCAUUCAGAUCAUGAUCAUGAUCAAGAACAAAAUUGUAUACCAUUAAAUGAUCUAAGUCCAAAAACAUUACGAAAAAAUUUAUCGUCAACAAUAACAGCAGCAAAUGCUGCCGCAUCUGUAACAUUAGCAGCCGAAUGGCAAGAAAAUUCAAGCAAUUCUCAUCUAUUCAAUGAUACACAAAUUGAAGAAGGUAUCAAUCCAUUGGAUAAUAAUAAUCAUGAUGUUGUAUCAAUAUCAUUAGAUAAUCUUAAUGUAACCAGAACGACAAUGAUUAAUGAUAUUAAUGAAACUACAAAUACUGCUAAUAAUAAUAAUAAUAAUAAAAGAUCUUCACCUCCAUCAUCAUCGAUACGACAACAGAAUCGUACGUCCGAAACAUUCGAUGUAUAAAUUAAUUAUUAUUUUCAUCUGAAUGAUGGGAAUUUAUUUGCAUAUUUAAAACAAACAAAAUUAUUAUCUAUUUGUGAUAUCAUCAUCAUUUGUAUUAAUUGAAAAUUUGUGAAUUUUUUUUCUUUUGUUUUGUUAAAUAAGCUCAAUUAUGGA